AUGCGAAGGUUGAUAACUUUUGAAGAGGAAAGGCCUACACUCGACAUCAGGAUCGUUACUCUGACCACCGAAUUAAAUCAACAGCGGUCCAUCAACAAAGCUUUGGAUUUACAGUGCUCGCAGUUAAAAGCGAAAUGUGACGCGUUGGAGAAACACCUGUUCGAUUGUGAGUCGGAGAAGAACACCAACAAGAAACAGUUGGCGGAUGCCAUGGUGUUCCUGCGAGAAACCAUCAACGAACAGGAGGCGCUGUUGCGUCGCGCGGCCGGCGAAGGCAGGAAUGACGCUUCGGCCGCUGUGUUGAGCGCCUCCAUAAGCGCCCGGGUGAAGGCCCUCACCGAACACCUAAUGUGCGUCGAACAAGGUGCGCAUCAGGAAGUGAACCGUUUGAGCGGCCCCCUGUACGAACAGUCUGCUGAGCUGGAACGAAUGAAGAAGACGUACGAGAAUGAGAUCAACGCACUGAACAACGCCCUUCUCCAGAAGCAGAGCGUUAUAGACUCGAUGGACGCAAACCUGGAGAGAUAG